AUGAAUGGACUAGUGUCUUACUCUGAUGACUCUCAGAGCGAUGGUGAAGCGAGGCAUGACAUAGGAACUAAGCACCGCGCAGGCCAAUCGCCGGAUAGAGGGAAAGCCAUGAACGCCAAACCUCAGAUCAUCAAGCGCCGUAGUGUCCCGCCCAAGACGACUGCACGGGCGCAUCAGCCGGACGAACCUCCCAUAGAGCAUAAUAACGAAGCCAAAACAUCGCGUGGCUCCGCAGAGAUCCCGCCUGCUGUACCGCAAGAUGAGCUGGCCGAAAUACGAGCCUUGCUGCACCCGCCAGAUAUCCCGGGGCUUUCGGACUGGGGAAUACCCCCACCUUCAGCAGCGACUUGUGAUCCAAACCUAGAGGCCAAGAUCACGCAGUUUCGUUCAUUGAAGCGCGACCCUGUGCAACCAAAACACUUCAACGACGCGCUGAUGGCUUCGCGCGCUUUCCGUAAUCCUCACAUCUAUGCGAAACUGGUAGAGUUCGUUGGUGCUGACGAGCGUGCGACAAAUAUACCCCCUACUGUAUGGAAUCCAACGGACCUCCGGACGGAAUGGUAUGCCGAUCAAAUCGACGCGAUGGCCGUCCGCGCUCGCUCGCCGUUGUUCUUGUUUAUUGCUGUCACCCUCCUCCUCAUUGGUGGCUACGUCUCCUACCCAUCUAAUCCCGUCUACCCGGACCUUGCAUCCUCGCGAUUCUUCGACCCGGAGGUCGCCGAGCCGAACGCCAAUAUCCUUCUUGUCUCAGCUUUCUUCCCGCUCGCGAAGUCGAAGCACUCCUUGGAGGAAUACGAGGCUUGGUUUACGCACUUCCUGCAACCCAUCGAGACCGAUCUCUACUUCUACUGUCCACCGGAUGUCGUUCCUCUCAUCCAGCGCAUGCGAGGCAACAAGCCCAUCAUCAUCGACACGACAUACCACGAUCCCCAAGACGUCCCGCCUCUCAAGGAGUACCACGAUAUCUACCAGGAGAUGCAUGCAUGGGACAAGGAGAAGUCGUAUCAUGGUCCUGGCCUCUACGCCGUUUGGAACGCCAAGCCGUAUUUCCUGGAGAGGGGUCUUGCAUUGGCGGAGUCGAAGAACGGCGUGAAGUACGACUACGCCUUCUGGCAGGACGCCGGAGGGAUGCGCGACCCUCAUACGCUCAAGCGCUGGCCGAAUGCCAAGCGUGUCGUAAGCGCCUUUGGCGCUGCCUCGCGGAGUAGCGGGACGCCCGAGGAUGAACUGAUCUUCUUCCCGUGGUGGUGGACGCCCAAAAAGGAAUUUUGGACCUGGAAGGAAAGUGACGGGCCCAUGGACGAUACUAUUGCUGAGGGAUCAUUCUUCGGCGGGAGGCAUAAAGCGAUACACGACUAUGCGACUACGUACUACGCCUACCAUGACAAGUGGCUUGCGCAGGGUCUCUUCGUGGGCAAGGACCAGAUGCUCAUGAACUCGCUCGUUACGCUCUUCCCACGACACUUCUUUGGCGUACUACUCUACGAUUGGGAGUGGCCGGACAGGAGCUCCGUCGGCGAAAGCGAGAAAGUCAACUCGCCCCUUGGGGCUUGCGGUAGUACUUGGUUUUACUACCAAUGGUGGAUGGCAGACGCAGACGAGCGCGAACAUACCGCAGACCUUUGGUUAGGGUCUGGUGCUCGUGAUAUCGACAAGCAGCACGACAGGCCAAAAGGCAGCAUACGCUGCCGGGAUACCUAUCUCAUCAUGGCCGAUGACCUCCUUCGACGCUCCUUCGGAAAGGUCUGGUGGGCACCACGGACUUCACUUUCAUGGGGCCAGAAGUAUACAUGA